AUGGUAUAUCUCGAUCAUGGCUACAUGAACAUGGCCGAGUCCAAAGUCUGCACUUACCGCCCUUCCAACACCGGCCAGAUCGUCGGCCACCUUACAAAAGCCGUUGAAACCCUUGUUCAGAGCCUCCAGAAAUCCGCCGGUUGCAUUUUGGCCGGUUGGUGUGCAUUCCUCAUCCUCCUCCUUGCGUACCCUUUCGUGCUCAAGCACGCCGGGUUCCAGCUGGACUCAAACCACGCACUUAACACGCUCGUGGACGUUAAACACGGUCAUCCCCUCACCCCUAGACCAGUGCCGGACAAGUCCCCCGCCUAA